CACGGCCUGGGCCUGAGUGAAAGGCAGCGAGCGGCAGUGGCCGCAGCGCGGAUACGCACAUUUACUGUCUCCUCUCUCUGGCACCGUCCACUCGGUCUCGGGGCCGAGAAGGCGCGCGAGCGCGCACAUCCCCCAACACACAGACACGCGCGACCGAGCGUGGAGAAGGGGGAGGAAGAGGAGGCGGAGGCGGGUGGGGGAGGAGAAAGAGGAGGAGGAAGAGGAAGAAGAAGAGGCGCUCCCGGUGCCGAGGGAGAGUGCUAGGCGGCUGGGCUGGUUCCGCCGAGGCGGCCGCGGGCUGUUGGCGAGGCGGGGACGCCCCCUCCCCCCGCCUCCUGUUCCCCCCCAGUUCCCGGUACUGACCCUCACACCGGAGCCAAUAUUCCCGAAAUUAAGAGAUACGCUGCGGCGGCGGCGGCUGGAGCUGCGGGGCCCGGGGCGGCCGGGACCGGAGGGGACCGCAGCGAGGCCGCCGCCGCCGCCAUGGAGGCGCUGGGACCAGGGCCACCAGCCAACCUGUUUCAGCCGCCCCGUCGUCCAGGCCUGGGAACAGUAGGGAAACCUAUUCGUCUCUUAGCCAAUCAUUUCCAAGUGCAGAUCCCUAAAAUCGAUGUUUAUCAUUAUGAUGUGGAUAUCAAACCAGAAAAGCGUCCCCGGAGGGUGAACAGGGAGGUAGUUGAUACUAUGGUGAGACACUUCAAGAUGCAGAUAUUUGGGGAUCGGCAGCCUGGCUAUGAUGGCAAGAGGAACAUGUACACUGCACAUCCUCUGCCUAUUGGCAGGGAUAGGGUGGAUAUGGAGGUCACACUCCCAGGUGAAGGGAAGGACCAAACCUUUAAAGUGUCAGUUCAGUGGGUGUCUGUGGUCAGCCUUCAGAUGCUCCUGGAAGCUCUGGCAGGGCAUCUGAAUGAAGUCCCAGAAGACUCUGUACAGGCACUUGAUGUCAUCACACGGCACCUUCCCUCUAUGAGGUACACGCCAGUGGGCCGUUCCUUCUUCUCUCCCCCUGAAGGAUAUUAUCACCCACUGGGAGGUGGUCGCGAGGUUUGGUUUGGCUUCCACCAGUCUGUCAGGCCUGCAAUGUGGAACAUGAUGCUUAACAUCGAUGUAUCGGCAACUGCUUUCUAUCGUGCCCAGCCUAUUAUUGAAUUCAUGUGCGAGGUCUUGGAUAUUCAGAACAUCAAUGAACAAACAAAACCCCUUACCGACUCCCAGCGUGUUAAGUUUACCAAAGAAAUCAGAGGUCUAAAAGUAGAGGUUACUCACUGUGGUCAGAUGAAGAGAAAAUACAGAGUUUGCAAUGUUACUAGAAGACCAGCCAGCCAUCAAACGUUCCCUCUGCAGUUGGAAAACGGGCAGGCCAUGGAGUGUACAGUAGCCCAGUAUUUUAAGCAGAAGUACAGUCUACAGCUGAAAUACCCUCAUCUUCCAUGCCUUCAAGUAGGGCAGGAGCAGAAACAUACAUAUUUACCCCUUGAGGUAUGUAAUAUAGUAGCAGGCCAACGAUGUAUCAAGAAGCUAACUGACAAUCAGACGUCAACGAUGAUCAAGGCAACGGCACGGUCUGCACCUGACAGGCAGGAAGAAAUUAGUAGACUAGUGAAGAGUAACAGCAUGGUAGGCGGUCCAGAUCCAUAUCUGAAGGAGUUUGGAAUUGUUGUCCAUAAUGAAAUGACAGAGUUGACAGGCAGGGUGUUGCCUGCACCAAUGCUGCAAUAUGGAGGCAGGAAUAAGACAGUUGCUACACCAAAUCAGGGUGUCUGGGAUAUGAGGGGAAAGCAAUUCUAUGCUGGCAUCGAAAUCAAAGUUUGGGCUGUUGCCUGCUUUGCCCCUCAGAAACAAUGCCGAGAAGACUUGUUAAAGAGUUUUACUGAUCAACUGCGCAAAAUCUCCAAGGAUGCAGGGAUGCCAAUCCAGGGCCAACCGUGCUUCUGUAAAUAUGCACAGGGUGCCGACAGUGUGGAGCCCAUGUUCAAACACUUGAAGUUGACUUAUGUUGGGCUUCAGCUAAUUGUAGUGAUUCUCCCUGGAAAGACACCAGUCUAUGCUGAAGUCAAACGUGUUGGGGAUACUCUGUUAGGAAUGGCCACACAGUGUGUUCAGGUGAAAAACGUGGUGAAAACCUCUCCGCAGACACUGUCCAAUUUAUGUCUGAAGAUCAAUGCAAAACUUGGUGGGAUAAACAACGUGCUUGUACCACAUCAAAGGCCCUCUGUAUUCCAGCAGCCAGUGAUCUUUCUGGGAGCAGAUGUAACACAUCCGCCUGCUGGGGAUGGGAAAAAGCCUUCCAUCGCUGCUGUCGUAGGCAGCAUGGACGGCCACCCUAGCCGCUACUGUGCUACUGUGCGAGUACAGACCUCCCGCCAGGAAACUUCCCAAGAGCUGCUGUACAGCCAGGAAGUGAUUCAGGACCUGACCAACAUGGUGCGAGAACUGUUGAUCCAGUUCUAUAAGUCCACCCGCUUCAAGCCCACACGGAUCAUCUACUAUAGGGGAGGUGUGUCAGAAGGGCAGAUGAAACAGGUGGCCUGGCCAGAACUCAUUGCAAUCCGGAAGGCCUGCAUCAGUUUGGAAGAAGACUACAGACCAGGAAUCACCUACAUAGUUGUUCAGAAAAGGCAUCACACAAGGCUGUUCUGUGCUGACAAAUCUGAAAGGGUGGGGAAAAGUGGCAAUGUUCCAGCAGGCACAACUGUGGACAGCACAAUCACACAUCCCUCUGAAUUCGACUUCUACCUCUGUAGCCAUGCAGGAAUUCAGGGAACUAGCCGUCCUUCUCACUACCAAGUCUUGUGGGAUGACAACUGUUUCACUGCUGAUGAAUUGCAGUUACUGACAUACCAGCUGUGUCACACUUACGUCAGGUGUACACGGUCUGUCUCGAUCCCUGCUCCUGCAUACUAUGCCAGGCUGGUAGCAUUUAGGGCAAGAUACCAUCUUGUGGACAAAGAUCAUGACAGUGCUGAAGGCAGCCACGUUUCAGGACAGAGCAACGGCCGUGAUCCUCAGGCGCUAGCCAAGGCAGUGCAGAUCCAUCAUGACACCCAGCACACAAUGUAUUUUGCCUGAUAAGAAUCUGAGGGUCUGAGGCAGAAGCAGGAGCCCAGUUGGGCGGGGCCACCAACCACUGGUGGUUAGGGCUCAUUUUUAUUUCAGGCUGUCCACCACCAGCAGCUUGGGACAGUUGCACUGAAUUGACGCAGCAACAUCCGAUGCAGGCGCAAUUGAGCCAUUUUUAUUUUGUGAUUUUCAGUAAAUAGGAAUUUCAUAGACAGUCUUUGCAUUGGACUGAAUUUUUACCUCAAAGCGCAAAAGGCUGAUCCUCGUAAAAAGAAAUUUUUAAAGGACUUGGCACGAAAGGUUUUUAUUGAAAUAUUUUGCUAAUCAAUUUUAAGUUACCUCCUUGUCCGUCCCCCCCCCCUUAAGCUUAUCAAGAAGCAGAAUUCCUCCUGGGCUUCUUCAUACUGCUUAGUGAGUCUCCGGAUAUGGCAAAACAUCUUAUUCCACUGUUCUUCUGUGUGGGGCCAUAUAGACUUUAUAAAUGGAACUUUUACUGUAAACACCUUUCAACAACUAUUACUUAUCUGAGGUAUUGCUGUUUGUUUGUUUUUUUCUGCUUUCUUGUUCUGGUUUACUAGUCUUUUUGUAAAUCUCUCUGCAGUCGUGGGCUGCAGAACAAUUGCACUAUAACUGCGAAUUCAACUUGGUGGUUCUUGUUCUGUGAAUGUGUAACAUAAGCAGAUAGCAAUGCCCUCUGGCAGGUCUAGUAAAAUCAUAAUGGUUACACACAACUGCCACUGACUGGUUCAGAAUGCUGAACUGCUUCCCCCUCUAAAAAGUAUGUGACUAAGUUCUAAAAGAUUAGUUUUAGGUAUUUUUCAGUCAUUAUGAAAGUGCCCAUUUUAUGCUGCUGUGUUUGAUGAAUUGAGGUCAUUUUUAAUACUCUUUUUCAUAGAAGGUUUUAACUUUGGCAAUAAUUUUUUUUUAAUACCCUGGCAGUAACUUUUCUAGCUGAAUACUUUACAUGAGUUACAGCCAACAUUCUUGUGUAGAUUGACUUGACUUUGCUGAAGAGGAAAUUUGUUCUUAAAUGGAUCAGAAAAGGCUCCCUUCAUGCUUUUUACAAAUGAUUAUUUUUAACUGUUUUAUAUUCACCAUUGGUCUGUCUAGCCCCUUUUUAUAAGCUUGGAAAGUGGGUGUUCCAUAUAUAGGAAAGGCUUUGCCAAUAUGUACAGUUGUGUAUAGUGUGACAGUAGCAAUCAAAGACUUUUACCAGCAUUUUAAAACUUUUGUUUCUCUGAGAGUUUAGGUUGCCCGCAUGUACAGCAACAUUUGCUAGCAUGUGUGAAGUGUACAUUUUAAUGUUGAUCUUGACCCAUUUCUAUAAAUUAGAACUCUUUAUUUGCUUGGUUCUCUUCCACUAAAAAGUGUAAUGCAAAAAGGGGGGUGGGAGGGGGGCAUUUGCAGACCAUAGUAGUGCUGCGUUGAGACUAGCUUGUGAGUGAUAGCGCAAUAUGCUUUAAAUUCCUAGUUUUUAACUGAGAUGAUGCCACUGUGAAAGAUUGGGAUUUUGCCAAUAAUUGCACUCUAGUAGUCUCUGAUGUGAGCAGGUGGUGUUGCAGAGUCAUGUGACCUUGUGAACAUUUGGAUCCAGACCUCAAGGUCAGCAAUAUGCUAUGUGGUUUAGAUUUUUUUCUUCAGUCUUUUGAAAUAGAGCUUGUAGAUACUUGGAAAGUUUACAUUUCUAAAUACUGUCAGUCAGCUGUAUCAAAAUACACUUGACAUUAGUCUUCUGAAAGCAGUUUUUGUAAGCUCCUCUUAGAAAUCUCUUUCUCCUUCCCCCUCUCCCCCCCCCCCGGUGGGUUCUAGCUUAUAAACAUUUAUUUCCCCCAAUCAAACAGGAGUGAAGCAAAGUCUGCUCUGACACAUAGUGUGGCCAGGCUUAGAUACUAGAUUUAUUUAAACGUAUUUAAGUCUUUCGUUUUCUUUUCCCCUUAAGAAUACCUCACUUGUGUAAUAAAUAUCAGGACAUGUGGGGAGGAAGAAUUGUUAUGCUUCAGUUGGUCUGCUGCUUUUCUUUUCUUUUUUAAAAAUACCUGUUCAGGGAGAAAAUGCAAGAAUCGAACUCCUGCUGGCCAACAAAUGGAGAACUGAGGCACCUUGAAGAGAGUAAGCACCUGUGUUAGUGUGUAACAUGGUUUCGGGAUUUUUUUUUGCACUAGGUAUGGACGUGAAUUCGGAAAGAGUGAGAGGUUAUGUCAAGAAGAAAAACGUAUAUUGUAACAUCAUUAGGCAGGUAGCUUUUCAUAGCGCCAAGCACACCUAGUGCAUGUGGAGCAGAGAAAUUCUCUAAUUUGCCUGUCUGCAGGUAAGUCUGACUCUUGAACAUCAGAGUCAAGCAACAUGUUAAGUAUACAAAAAAACCAACAACAUGUUUCCUGUUGGCGACUCUUCUUCCUUAUAAACAGCAGUUUGAGCUUCUGGAUUAGGACUGGUGUGGUGGGAUUACUGUGCAGCGUGAUAGAAAAAGGCACCAUAUUUAAUAAGCACUGAUUUCUGGCUGCUGAGGAAGAAUCAGUAGCACAUUUUGUAUAUGACACUAGGCCAGGAAAAGGUAGACAUGGUUUGCCCAAACCAGCCUGGAAAGCAUAAUUGGGCCUGUGGGCCAAAAGUUCCCUAUUUCCUCAUGUCAUUGUCACCAAAGGCAAAUAUGGAUCCCACCCUUCUGACACACAUACUCCUUCUUUGGCUGCAUUCGCUAAAGAAAGAAAGUGACCAGUUGAAAACAUGCUUUUUUAAUUAUUAAAUGGGUGCUUAACAUAACUUGCAGUUUGUCCGGAACUGUGUAGGCAGGAAUCUGAACUUGCCCUGGAAAAGGCUUUUCCGACUCGUUCAUCAUAAAAUAGGCAGGACUAGAUGAAAUGGUCUUUUAUGUCUUCUAUAAUAGGAAAACAAAACCCUGUUCUAAUCAUUAUAUCUUUCUUAUGUAUUACAGACCGCAGCUAUCUUUUGAAGUCUUCUGUAUUUAAAAAUUAUAUAUAUAUAUAUAUAUAUAAGUGGGAUUCUUUUUAAUGCAUUAAUGUCACAAAAAAUUAUCAUCCAAAAAUGUCUGAGGAGCUUUUUUUUUUGCCAACUUUUGCACUUUCUUGGAAUUUUUCAUGAAUUUUCCUUUAAUUUUUGCCCCUGUUGGAAUUUUUUUCUGUGCAAAGAAAAUGUUCAGUUAACUCUCUGUUGCUGAAGAGUGUGAUGAUGUCUUUUGGGGUGGGAGUGCUUAAAAGCUGAGGAUUUAUCCAAGGGGCUGUACGGGUGGCAACAGUAGCAAAAAAGGUCUUCAGAACUAAUGACUGCAAGAUCCAGAUGCAGCAACGCUGUUGUAUGGCAGAAUCUGCUCAUCUGAACUAACCUCACCCCCACCCUGAAAACGGGAUGAACUGAAUUGUUAUGCAUGUGUCAAUCAAUGGGAAGACGUGCAUUCUGUAGCUGUAGGUUCUUAUGGUGUUUGGUUUUUUUAUGCUUUAUCCUUUUGUUUAAAGCCUGUUGGCUAUUGUUUAGCUAUAUGUUGUGAAAGAUUCUCAAAUGUAGCAAAUUUGGACUGGGGCGGGGGGGGAAGGGAAAAAACUUUUAGGAGCAAAAGGUGUUUAUAGAGCCAACCAAAACACCUUGCUCUUUUUGCUUUCCCCCAUCCUUCUUGUUGUGAGCACUUAUAUUCGAAAAGAGGCUCUGAAAAGCUUUUGCUCUGUAGCAGAUUUGAGGUGCAGGCUGGGGUUGCUUGCUCUUAGCUUGAGGGCUGUUUAAAGAUGACACCCAAAGAGGCAUAAUCAAGGGAUGCAAAAGAGAUGUUCCAUGCAGUAUGUAUCAGUAUGAUUUAGAAGUGUCCCCCCCCCGCCGCCCUCACUCCAUUCUGCCCCACAGUACCCUUAUAUCAAAAGCCUUUAUCCACCUGUUGGGGACAAGGCCAUUCUGACAGGUUAGCAAACCUCCCACCCCAACCUCCCACCCCACCCCAAAAAACCUACCCUUGUGGAUGUGUUGUAGAUCUUUUUACCCCCUUCUUGCUCAAUAGCAAGGCAGUCGCUCUGCUUUCAUUUUAGGAAAGUAGAGCUCGGAGGGCAUUGUAUCAAUACUGUUUGAACUGCAAGGUUUUUUCCCUUGUGCAAUUUGAGGAAAGAUCAUAUGUGAAUAUCACUUAAGAGUUUCUUUAUACCUUGCUAUUGACACAUUUUGGUGAUAUUUCUGUCUAGAGCCUGAAACAUGUAUGUAAAACUUGUUUGCAUUUGUUCAUUUUUGACUUCUGAUGUAUUUUUUUGUUUGGUUUCUAUAUUGUUAGACCUGUAAUGUUUUAAAUUGUAUUUUAUUAAAAUUGGACUGGAUGUAUGUCUAUAGCAA